AUGAUGGCGGACUAUGACAUUAUCAUCAGAGGCGGCACCAUCGUUGAUGGCACCCGCACACCGCGGUACGUCAGCGACAUCGCGAUCAAGGACGGCAGAAUCGCCAAGAUCGGUGGUCUCAACGGCGGCGCCGCCGACCGGGUUAUCGAUGCCAAGGACUUGAUCGUCGCCCCCGGAUUCGUAGAUCUGCAUACUCACUACGACGCCCAGAUUUUCUGGGACCCCUACUGCACUCUGUCUGGCUGGCACGGCGUAACCUCCGUUGCGCUGGGCAACUGCGGGUUCGGUUUCGCCCCUUCGCGGGUGGAGGACCAGGACCGCGCCAUGUUGAGCAUGACCCGCAACGAGGCCAUUCCCUAUGACGCCAUGAAAGAGGGCAUGCCUUGGAACUGGGUGACCUUCCCCGACUUCAUCGACGCCCUGACCAACACUCCCAAGGGCAUCAACUGCCUCACCUACGUGCCGUUGACUCCGCUGUAUGCCUGGGUCAUGGGGUGGGACGAAGCCAAGAAGCGCCGCCCCACCGAAGAAGAAUUGCAGGAAAUGGUUCUCGGCGAGACCUCGGUGCAGCGCGACUACGACGGCACGCCAAUGAUUACCGACAUGCUGUCGGAGCACGAAGUGCUGACCUUCGCAAAAAUCCUCCAUGACCGCGACGAGGGAUUCAUCGAGCUUGCCUACCAGGAGACCGGCGAAGAAGGCAGGCCGCUUGGUGAAGAGACCCGCAACUUCUUCGAGCGCGUGGCCGAGGUUUCCGGGCGUCCGGUGCUUUACCAAGCUGUCGCCCCCAACGCCGUCCACCCGGAGCAGCACCGUGAGCGCAUCCGCUGGCUCGAGAGUUGCGCCGAGCGCGGACUGCGGGUCUACGGCCAGGGCGCAACCCGCCGGGGCGGAUUCGAGUUGACGUUCGAGGACUGGAACUUGUUCGACGACACUCCCAUGUGGCGGGAAGGCAAGCACGUCAUCGAUGCCCUCUUGGACAUGUGCGUCGAGGACGACUUGGCCACCGAGUUCUACGCCGACUCGCAGGGUCGUGACCAAGCCCAGUUCACCGCCGAGGUGCUGGACUCCAACCACAUCGUCGCCGGGGUCUCCGACGGCGGCGCCCACGUCAAGUUCCUGACCGCCGGCAUUUACCCGACGGACAUGCUGACUUGGUUGGUGCGCGACGAGAAGGUCAUAACGCUGGAGGACGCCCACUACAAGCUGUCUUAUCUGCCGGCCCAUUUCGGCGGCUUCAAGGAUCGCGGCGCGCUACGCGAAGGCGCACCGGCCGACGUAAUAAUCUACGACCUUGAGAAGCUGGAAGUGCUGCCCAGCGAGGUGGCCGAAGACCUCCCCGGCGGCGAGUGGCGCCGCAUCCAGAAGGCCAAAGGCUACCGCUACACCAUGGUCAACGGCGAAAUAACCUUCGAGGAUGGCGAACCCACCGGCGCCUUCCCCGGCCGCCUGCUCAGGAACGGGCGGGGAUAA